CUUUUUGAGGCGAAUGCGCAACUGCCGCCCGUUAGUUUUGGCGUCCAAACUUGCUACGUUUCCUACAAUGGAAAUGUGUUGACAUCGUCGUAGAGUCGAAAAAUUUUUGAGUUCGUGGUGUCAAGGUAUCGACGGUUUCGCGCACCGUGUCCACCGAAAUCGGAGCCGAGGAGGAGAAAAAGCGCCAUCGACGUUCUCUGGACGCAGCGGUAACGGCGCGCGCUCGCGCUACGAGGGACCGGCAGCGCGUGCCCGAGCAGCCUCACCAACCUGAGUCAUGGCAGGCGGUGACGGCAAAGAUGUACCAGAGCCCACGACUACUGCACCUGUUUUCACAACUGAGCUGGACAGCCCGGCCUUGUUCGAUGACCCAAACCUUCCCGAGGGCUGGUACCGCAAGGUCUGCCAGCGGCAGAGCGGACGCUCGGCGGGCAAGUUCGAUGUCUACAUAUACAACCCGCAGGGCAAGAAGUUUCGCUCACGGAAUGAGUUGGCGGCCUAUCUGGAGCAGGUGAACAGCCCGCUUUUAGUGUCGGACUUUGACUUCACUGUCAAAGGGGAGCAAUCCAGGGCCAAGUCAGCUGGGCUGCCUCCACCACCAUCAGCACGGAAACCGGUGACAUCAUCCCCGACCAAGCGAGAGAAAAAAGUGGGAUCCGAGAAAAAGUCACAGUCCGACAAGAAGGCGCAGUCCGACAAGAAGGCGCAGUCCGACAAGAAGGCACAGUCCGACAAGAAGGCGCAGUCUGACAAGAAGCCGCAGUCUGACAAAAAGCCGCAGUCUGACAAGAAGCUGCAGUCCGACAAGAAGCCACCUGCCGAGAAGAAGACUCCAGUGGAAAAGAAGAAGGCGCAGUCAACAAAGAAGGCUGCCCCGGAAAAGAAGGUGUCUUCUUCUGGGUCCAAGCCGGUGUCAUCACCAGCGCCACGAACAGGUCGUAAGUUGAUGGUCAGACUCAAUUUCACUUCGCCAAAAAAGCGGAUCCUGAAAAACUACUCUGAGAAUAAGGUUGAAAGUGGGGACGCGGGGGGCGGGACAGAUGAGGGUUCGGAAAGCCCACUUCCGGCCAAGGGCGAGGACCAAAUACCACCGGCAGCAGUGGACAACAAGAAGCAGAUGGAGGCGGGACUGAGCACUCCAGACGUGGAUGCCAGUACUGUUUCAGAAGGAGACAGCACGCCCAAAAGCGAGCCUGUCACAAAGAAAAACAAGGAGAAUGCUGUAGACAAGGUUUCAUCAAAAAAGAAAAAGAAGAAGGAAAAGGAAGAGGCCCCGGUGAAAAAGCCUGACAAAACUUUGCCCGUGAAAAAGGAAGCUCCACAGAAACCUGAAGGCCGAGUACGGAAACGGAAAAUAGUAGAGGUGGAGGACAUGCUUUUCAAGGAAUUUGACCGACUUGAACGAAAGCCAGUUGUGAAGCCUAAAACGGCACCUGAGGAGAAGAAGAAGGCAGAGUCUAAGGACAAGUUAGAAGAUGACGUGGCUGCCAUCAAAGCAGCUGAGGCCAAGGCUGUUCCACCACCUGACGAGCUCAAGAAAGAGCAGGCAAAAGAAAAGCAUGAGGGAAAGAAGAUCAAGAAACGAGACGACAAAUCUACUAAGACCAAAGCAGAGCCAGAAUUGAAGGCUCAAGCCAAGCACCAGUCUGAAACCCAGCCGAAGUCUGAAUCCCAGCCGAAGGCCAAAGUGCAAGCUCCAAAGGCCAAAGCUCAUCAAAAAUCCAAAGCUCAGCCAAAGGACAAAGUCGAUUCCAAGCCUGAAGGCCAGCUUGAUGCCGAACCCAAAUCGAAGGUAAAAGCAAAGCCUGUGUCUGAGCCACAGUCCGAGUUGGAAACCCAAGCUAAGUCUGAAGACCAGUGUGAAGCUCACUCUGAAGCUGGAGCUGAUUCUGAAGCGCAGGCUUCACCUGAAACCCAGAACAAGUCCGAAGCUCAGCCUGAGCCUGAUGUGCAGCCUGAAUUUGAUGAUCAGCCCGAGUCCCAUCUUCAGCCAGAGUCUGAAGAACAAGCCGGGUCUGAAGCCCUUCAUGACUCUAAAGCUCUAUCAGAGAUCAGAGCUGAGCUGGAGCCUGAAGCCAAGCCUGAAGCCAAGCCUGAAGCCAAGCCUGAAGCCCAGCCAGAUCCCAAAGCUCAUUCAAAGUCUGAUACCCCCGGUGAGGCACAACCUAAGGCCACGACCCGCCCCAAGGCCGAGUCGAGAGCCCAGUCAGAGGGCAAAUCUGAAGCCAAGCCUAAGGAGAAACAAAAAAUGAAGCGCCUGAGGGAGGAAGAUGUCGUUAACCGCAUAGGAAAGCGAUCCAGAAAGGACAGUGAACAAAGAAAGGAGGUGGGUGAAAGCACCAAAGCAGUGCCUGAAAACAAUGCUGAGACAGCAGAAGAUAAGCACUACACAUUGUUAGAAUCGGAUGAGGCUACCCCCAAACCAGCUGACACUCAGGAGAAAACAGCUACGCCCAAGAAAGGUAGGAAAGAGCGCGAAAAGGAGAAGGUCGUGGAAAAAGAUGAAACUGAAGUAAAGCCAGUGAGGGAAAGAAGUAAGCGGCAAGCAGAGCGGCAGUCAAAGAAACACACCGAUGUCGAGAAGGCACUGUCUCCAAACACAAAGGACGAUACUGAACGACAAUCCAGAAGAGUUACCAAGGCGGAAAAACCAUUGUCGCCAGACGCAAAACGUGACACUGAACGGCAGUCCAGAAAGGGCAACAAGACAGAGAAAGCACUGUCUCCAGGCACAAAGCACGACUCUGAACGGCAAUCCAGAAGGGGCUCCAAGACGGACAAGACACGGUCUCCAGAUGUGAAGCACAACGAAAAGAGCAUCAAAGGCGACGGCGCACUGUUCAGCACAGAUGCAGAGUCGCAAUUCCCGACGGAGAAGCAGAUCAGAGAAGCCGCACUUGCGAAGCUAGCAGCAAAGAGUGAGAAACCAGUGGAUCCAUACGAAAUUCCACUGCCACCACCAUCUGACAUUCCGUCUGUACCUGACGAGGAUGACGACGAUGACAUGGCCAUCGACGAGGUUCCAACGUUAGAGUUAACACAACGCGAGCUCAAGCUUUACGAAAUGAGCCCACACCUGAUCGAACACAGUUACACCAAGAUCCCAGAGGACGAAGAAGCAGAUGAUGAGGAUAAGCAGCAGACGCCAUCACCUCCCCGCAAGAGGGGCCGAUCGUUAGCACUGGAGAAUGAAGCCGAGCCUGAUGAGCCAGGGAAGUCGCCACCGCCACGACGCCGGCAGCGGCGCAAGAAGGGAGUCGGCGAGAGUACCACGCAGCAUGAGGCAAAAGGGGAUAAAUCAGCACCCCUCAUUAUGGGGCAGAGCUGAGCAGUGUGAAGGGCUGGCACGCACACGUGUGUGCCUCGCACUUUUUUAGUGUUGCCUUGGCUCUUUGACAUAGAGCUUCAAUGCGUAUUUAUCGAAGACAGAGAUGUUGCGAGAAAGCUCCACUCCCUCCUGUUGGGACGCUGCCUUUGGAACAGGCAGGAAAACACAGCCUGCGUACGUGUUUAUUCUUUGGCCUCGGUGACCUCUGUCACAUGCCCUUGUCUGUGAAAUGGUGAGCAAAUGCGGAAAAAGGGGCGAGGAUUGGUUAUUUUUGUUUUUGUUUCUCAACUGCUUGCCCGAGGUUCUUGUGAAGGCCAUUAUAUUGCAUCGAUGCUUAAAAGCAUUGUUCGAUUGGUUGGUUAGAAUGGGUCUACUUGUUUGUUUUUCUAUUUGGGACUUUUUUUGCACUUGUGCAUUGUCAUUGUUAGGUUGUAUCAUGCGUGGUGCAUAGGUGCUGCAUUAUUUUGUUGGUCUGACCAUUAACAUUGAUGUACUCUGAUGAGGCCUGGUGUGAAGUCAUGGCCCAGCGUUCACGGUGUCAGAAAUUUUCAGGAAUGGGCUACACACUGUUUAAUUAUGUUGAGUGGGACGGGCCCAGUGCAAGACGUUUUAAUGCACGAGGCAUGUUACAGUAGUGAGGCAUCACAGCGAACAUUACAAUUCCAUUAUCUGCAUGAUGUAAACAGUCUGAGUUUUUUGUGAAGUCAGCAUAGGCCAUGAGGUGGCACGUUUUAUGGGCCCUGGCCUAUGUGUUUUAAUGACUCUAAUGGAUCAUUACACCAACAGAACACUGGCAAUUCAUAGAAUGGUGCGUGUAGUUGGAAUUUUAGACUUUCAGUUUUGCUGCAAGAAUGAGCGAUGCGGCAUCACCCAUUCUGUGCUGGGACAUGUAUAGAAACACGGCAUAGCAAGAGCUCUUGGGGCAGCCGUGAAAUUUGAUGAUCACAGCUUCUGGCCCAUUCGGGCUUUGUGAACUACAGUGACUUCACACAUGUAUUUUGAUCUUGUUUUGUGCAUGAACUGUAUGAGAAAGUGAAAACCUUUUCUUUGCACGUCAAUGAGUUGUGGUUGUUGACAGUGAGUUAUGCUGAGUUGCAGCGAUGAAAUGUGUCUGGCUUUUCUUUGAGCACCUUCCAUGAACAUGUAUUUGCAAGCUAUAAGUUUACUAGAACUGGCUGCAGUGCUACUCUUCAUGUAGUGCAGUCUUAGCCUAGCCUUAUUGAUUUACCUGUGGGGAUUAAAAUGGUGAGAAAGUAGCUAUCAUCCACAAUAGGUUGCUCAUUGGCACACGUAUUUAAUACAAAGCUUCAAAAUGUAGUAUUGUGCUGUUGUGCACUGUUUGAGCACAAUAGUCUAUUUUUUAAUAAAUCAGUGCGUCCACAUGACUCCCCCCCCCCCCCAAAAAAAAAACAGAGAGAGAAAAGGCCCACUGCAACAUGGGAAAAAGGAGAACAUCAUUGUACAAAGUUGUACAUAGCAUGGCUGUUUUUGAAUUGAGUCAGUGCUUGUUGUCCUGUAGCACUUUGUUUUCACAACUCUUCUUAUAUAUUUUUUCUUUUCUUUCCUAAAAUCAUAACAUUGCCCCAUACACAACACCCCAUCAUGGUUCAAAUUUCUUUGUACAGUUAUAGCAUUUAUGUCAGACGGCCUUGGCUACUCUCUCAUCAGAUCAUCAUGUCAGCAAACUCUGUUGCUCAGAAGCACUACCGUGAAACGCACUGUGACAUUUCUGCAGGAAUAUGCUUUGCCCUCCUUUCAACUCAAGCACAUAUAUAUACCAAUAAAAAAACAAAACAAAAACACUACCCUGAUUGCUUUUCAUUUUUGCAGAAAAGUACUGUCAUGUUCAUUAGAGCUGCAACAUGUGAGCUAUGGCUGGAGUGACACUGUCAACAAUAAAGUGCGGAGCCAUUUCGCCAUUCCAGCAAUGUGCUUACCUCAUGCUUUUCGCCGUCUGCUUUCCUCGUGGAGCAACAAUACACUGGCCCGCCAAGCAGGGUGGACAUCCUUAGUCCUUCGUGCAGCAUGCUCGAUCACGCUGCAUCGGUGCCAUAGCUUCGUAACUGUUCUCGUUCUUUUUCUGUGAUAGAGCUAUAGCUGCUCGGGGGCCAUUGUAUUAACACUCCACGAAGAAAGCAAACGACGGAAAGCAGGGGGUAUGCGCACUGCUAGAAUAGCAAAACCCCUGCCACAUUUCUCUCAAAAGUGUCGCUCCGGUGACCGCUCAAGCGUCGCUCAUGGUGAACGCGACAGAACAUCUGUGCGGUGUUGCAUCUGCUUGGCAGUGUUACUACGUUUGCACAAAACAGCCUCUUAGUGUCGAUGCUGACGAAAAUUUGGGCACUGCGCUGACCAUCACAGCUAAACGCAGAGUCGAGCGAAAGCCACUAGGCCAACAGCGCCAUGUUCAUAUGCAUAUGCAGGGUGGACAAUGUCUCUGGGAAAAAGACUUGGCUGUGAUGAUUCUCUUUUGUGCGUGUGCUCGUGUGACACAGGUUUGCCUUCGAAACAACCUCAUGUGAAGGAUGCAAUGCUCACAGUAAAUGUUCUGAAAAUAUUUGUGAUAUUGUCAUUUGUGCGAUCAGACAUACACCUUAGUAGUAUUUUGCGCAUUGUAUCCGUCGAAACAGAAGCAGUCCUUACAAUUUUGGGAAAUGGCGUCACAGGGUUUGUGUGUGUGUGCUUUUGAGAAUGCCCUUCUCAUUCCUGCAUAGUUUGAACUUGCUGCGUACCACAUUUGCAUCGAGUGAAGGUGGUGCCAAACAUCGUGUGAGAGAAAAAGAAAUCAUCAUAAUCAGCUAUUUUCUAGCAGGUUCCCUCAUCAAAUGAAUAAUUUCCUGAGAGGGUGCAGAUGACAGACUGUGCACUGUGUUUUCGUGGCUCCUUAAUCGUGUAACUCCGCUGUAAAAUUGCUACACCUGGCACUCCAGCUCCCCCUGCUCUUCUCUCGGUAUAAUUCCACUGUAGUAUUUCAUGAGCCAUCAUUGUUCAGUACAAUAAAGAACUCAUUAUCAUGCUGUCCACAA